GUUCCGACAAAAGGAACAUUGUCAUUUGGUAGGAAGCAGAACAAGACCCACACGUUUUGCCAGCAAUGUGGGGCUACGGCAAUUCACCUGCAGAAACCCAACAACAAGAGAAAGGGGAAGCUUAACUGGAAUGCAGACACCAAAAUGAGAAACACAAUGGGUUCAGGUUGGGUGAGGCACUCAGAGGUGGUUUAUCACAGCUUCAGGAAUGGUUUCCACAUGGGGACCACAUUGAGACCCAGACGUGUCCCAAAGGCGUCCUCCAGCACUGCAUGA